ACAUGUUGUCGCGCGCAGUCUGACUCAGCUGAAGAGGGGAGAUAACAGGCAGACGUUGAACCACUGCUCUCGGGUUACGGUCCAAGACGGGAAAGCUCAAGCGCCAUCCCGCAUUCUUUCUGUACUAGGUGGUCUUUGUCGCCGACUCACUUGCAAGUGGCUAGUAUUUGAGAGCUUGGUCCAUCGACAAUGCCAUUGUCUCAUGAAACGUUGCGGCCUCUGGAGGUCUCUACCGUCGAAUUCGACUAUUGUCAUGACCGACCCCUUCGCACAAUUGCCACCCGCGUCGUACCCCGCGACCACACUGCGAUUGACGUCCCAGGCCGGACCACCUGUUGCUUGCUCCUAGGUGCCGGAAUAUCUCUUCAGCAAGAGGCUUGGUUGCCCGUCAUCAAGCGCCUCUACCAUCUGACUGCUCAGCCUUUCAGUCGCGUCACCAUUCACUCUGUUUGGGUCAUUGAACGGCCUAACCAUGGCGAUGCCGGGCUGUUGAAUGAAGCUAUGCUCAAGGAGCACUACCACACCACGUUCCUCAGUUUACAAUAUGCCACGGCGAUCCGUGCCUUUCUCGCCUCCGACUUCCUCUCUAUUCAUGAACGGACUAACCUCAUUGCUAUUGGACACUCGGGUGCCGGAGCUUCAAUGAUCAAGGCCAUACAUCCAGCGACGCACAACCUCCCCAUUUCCCGGCUAAUGCUUAUUGAGCCACCGUACGUCGGCCAAAGUGCCUUUGCAUACAUGGAGGCGCUUUACAAGAUAGUCGAGGCCUCCAAUGCACGCCGCCGGACCAGCUGGGUUUCCGUGGACGAGGCGAUGAGCUACUUCAAAAAGCGUAUGCCAUGCAAGAUCUACCAUCCUGAGGUGUGGCAGAUCAUGUCUGAAACGUACUUCCGUGAAGAUCCUCAGGAUCCUGAGCGGGUGAUGACGAAGACGACGAUCGAGCAGGAGACCGCGAGCUUUCAAGACGACGGCACUGACCUUAAGGCACUGGACUAUGUCCGUUCGGUCUACCACAUCCUCCCAACGCACCUCAUACUCGGCACAAGAGAAGACAUAUGGCCUCCCGAGGUAUGCAAGCUGAAACACGAAAAUAUUGAACGAGAUCGCGAGGCUCUGGCCUCCGUCAGCUUUAUUCAAGAUGCAGGACACUAUAUUCCUGUGCAAAUGCCAGUAGAACUCGCGGCCGAGAUAGCUCGUCUGCUGAACGAGUUCGUUGGUGGUGCCUUGGAAGCACGGUUGUAGUGUUAUGUAGUCUCAGGAGAGAAGUCUUGGCUGUAAAUGUUUACCUUGUAAAACUAGGAACAUGAAGCUCGCCGUCACGGCGAGGAACCUCAUGUUCCCAUUCACUAGUUCUGCGUUCAAACGUUCGACGCUACUGCUGCUAAGCAUUUUUGAUGUGAUUCACAUGCCAGUAUUCGAAAAUAUAAGUAUAUCAGACGGUACCGUUACACUUCGAAGUCGACGUCCUAAAACAAUACCGGAAGGUAGUGUCGGGUCUCUGAAUCGCCCGCAGCGUCAGCGGCGAGGAAGCUGUAAGUCGGCUUGAUGCAUCCAUUCAUUCCGUGUAGCGCUGUUACUACAGACGAAGGAGAGAGAUUGGGUAGCAGUGGAACACCGUAAUCGCUUGAUC